AUGGAGUUAUUACAAUUGCUCGCCGUCUCUGCAAACUUACAAGCUGGUCUAUCCAAUCCUCCUGUUUACUGGAUUAACUAUGUCAAUCAACUUGAUCAAUGCUAUAGUGCUUUUUAUGAAAAUGCAGCAAAUUACGUUUAUUCGGCGUUUGGACCCAUUUCAAAGAAAAAGAAGUACAAAACACUAAGAUUGGCCGAUACCUUGAUGCACAGUGAAAUCCUCAUAGAUUUUUCAUUACAGAAACUUGCAAAUCGGAAGGGAAGUGAACAAAACAUAAGGCUUUUCUGGCAGAGUUUCGUCCAAGAAAUGUUCUUCGCCAAUGAAGUAAUCUGGGGAAACUACGUGAUUGGUUUGGGGCCUGCUGACUCAAAAUUGUGGAUGUUCGUCUCUCUCACAUUAAUGUGGGAACUCGCUAGCACACUGGAUGGGUGA